UGUCAAACUUCAUUUUAAUAUACCUAUAUUUUUUUUCUGUUGAAAAUGGAAAUUUGCAAAAUAUGUAACUUUCAAUCGAGCUACGGCGGCAAACGAUUCCGAGACAUGUACUCGGAAAUGAUGAGUUACGGCGACGCAAUCAGAAACUUGAUGCCCAGUCUUGCUCAAGUGAUACGAGAAGACGACGCAAUGUGUCUGCAGUGCUCGUCCAUGUUGAAAAUGUGUCACACUUUCAGCGAUAUGUUACGAAAAUUAGUGGCCAAUGAAACCGUCGCUGACGAGUAUACUGACAUGUUUAAGGACUUUCGAAAAAUAUCGCCGGGAAGUGCCGUUGGAGUCAUGACCAGCGACAUCAUCGAAAGAAAUCCCGAAUCGCAGACGGACGUUUUUGAGUUGAAAGAAAAUUCGACGGAAGAACUUGCUUCUACGCAGACGAAAAGAAAGUCUUGGAAAAGAAGGGACAAAGAAUUGUUGUCAGUUGGACACGGUUGUGUGCAUUGUCUUAAGCUGUAUCCGGACGCUCAGACGUUGAUGAGACACUUUAAAAGAAUUAAAUAUCCAUUGUGUUGCAAAAUUUGCCGCAUAAUCAUAUUCUCGUCCAAAGAUUUGAAAGUACACAGCAAAGUCGGACGAUGUUCCGUGAGAACAGUAACGAAUUUAUAUGCUACAAUGAAAAAUCGAAGGAGCCGCGUUAAUCGAACGUCCAAAAAUAAAAAUCAUUCUUGUAGAAUGUGCGAAGAUUUGGCCAAACGAAUGGACGUCUUGGAGAAAGUGGUGCUGCUCAACUCCAAAUCCGAUACGGAUCUAGAAAUCGAAUGUGAAGGCAGCUUUCACGACAAAGAGUGUGAAUAUUAUAAACACAUCUGACUUUAUGUGAAAUAAAAUUCGUCGAGUCUGA